AACACAAAAUGCCACACCCACGCUUCGUUGCGCGCCUGCGCCUACUACUUAAUCUACUACUUUUCGCCGCCAUAAUUGACGAACACCGCGGCGGCGCUGCUGCAGUCGUUGUCAUCGACCCAGAGCUUUCGUCGCCCUCACCCUUCACCAUCGCACCGACCGCCUCAACGCCAACACCAACACCAACUCCAAAGUACACUGCAACUGUUGCCGGUGAGAGUAAGGACGACGACAGCAGCAGCAGCAGCAGUAGCAGCGCUAGUGGCAGCGUGACGCCCGCAAGCAAUGCGUUGGACAUGAAUGCAUACGCCGUGAAUGGCGUAAGUGUGGAUAAUAAUAAUAUGGCCGCCGCUGUCGCUGGCGCUGAUGAAACCGUUGAGACUGAGGGCGAUUAUCAACUCGCAGCUGCUGCGCCCACCUCACCUGCUUCUGUGGAGCAGCAGGAUCAGCCGCGGGUGCCACCCACUACGCUUUCCUUUGCCAAUAUUGCGCCCGCCAGCGGUGUGGGUGGCGACUUGUUUAGCGGUGGCAGUAUUAGUGGUUUCGAAACGCGUGAGGGUGCUGGGGAGACAGCCACCACUGCCGGCGACGCCACACCACCGUACGCGGCUGUGGACGAUAAAUAUGUGCCAAGUAAACCUUUGAAUUUAACUGUCUUGAAUGUGACAUCGACUAGCAUUACCAUGUCGUGGUAUCCGCCAAAAAAUCAAAAUGGCGCCAUCGCCGGCUAUCACGUCUUUCACAUACACGAAAAUCAGACUGGCGUGGAGAUCAUGAAGAACUCACGCAACUCCCAAGACACUAUUAUAAUUUUUGAGCUGCCAAAUUUAAAGCCUUUCACCGAUUACCGUGUCAUUGUUCAGGCGUUCACCAUGAAAAACGAAGGCAACCCCUCCGAUCAGAUUGUGCAGCGCACCGAUGUCGCCGGUCCGAGCGCACCGUAUGUGGUUAACCUGACGUGUCACUCGCAGGACGCCAUAGCCAUACGCUGGCGGAGACCGCACGAAUUUUAUAACACCAUCGAUUUUUAUAUAAUUAAAACACGCGUGGUGGGCCAAGACUCACACCGGGACAUACGCAUCAAUGCGUCGGCGAAAGAGUUGGAAACGGCGAUGAUAUUACAAAAUCUCACCACACAUACGGAAUAUGAAGUCAAAGUUUCAGCUGCAACACUAAGCAUAAUAAAUCCAAAGAAAAUCGUACUGGGUAAAUUUUCCGAAACUAGGAAGAUUUCGCUGCAUCCCAAUUGUGAGAAGAUUCAGCCACUGACACGUCAGUCACACAAUGACUACAACCUGGCGGUGUUGGUUGGCAUUAUUUUCAGCUGCUUUGGUAUUGUACUCAUCGUAAUGGCGUUCUUCUUGUGGAGCAGGAAGUGCUUUCAUGCCGCCUACUAUUAUUUGGAUGACCCCCCGCACCAUCCCAAUUUGCCGCAGGUGGACUGGGAAGCACCCGUCGAAGUCGCAGGCGAAAUACGCGCCGCUGUACCCGUCAAUGAGUUCAGCAAGCAUGUCGCCUCUCUGCACGCUGAUGGCGAUAUUGGCUUUAGUCGCGAGUAUGAAGCUAUUCAAAACGAAUCAAUCGACGAUUUACCCUGCGAACAUUCCCAGCAUCCAGAGAAUAAGCGUAAAAAUCGCUAUCUGAAUAUAACAGCCUACGAUCACAGCCGCGUACACCUGCACCCCACACCCGGACAAAAGAAAAACCUUGACUACAUCAAUGCCAAUUUCAUUGAUGGUUAUCAGAAAUCGCGCGCCUUCAUCGGUACACAGGGUCCACUGCCAGACACAUUCGAUUGCUUCUGGCGCAUGAUUUGGGAGCAGCGCGUGGCUAUCAUCGUGAUGAUCACCAACCUGGUGGAGCGUGGUCGCCGAAAAUGUGACAUGUAUUGGCCAAAGGAUGGCGUCGAGACCUACGGUGUCAUACAAGUGAAGAUGGUUGAUGAGGAGGUCAUGUCCACCUACACAGUGCGCACCUUACAGAUCAAGCACUUGAAGGUAAAACAGUUAAAGAAAAAGAAACAGUGUCAGACCGAGAAAAUCGUGUAUCAAUAUCACUACACCAAUUGGCCCGAUCAUGGCACACCCGAUCAUCCACUGCCAGUGUUGGACUUUGUGAAGAAAUCCUCUGCCGCAAAUCCGGACGAUGCGGGCCCCAUUGUAGUGCAUUGCAGCGCUGGUGUCGGGCGCACAGGCACCUACAUCGUCUUAGAUGCCAUGCUCAAACAGAUCCAACAGAAAUUAGUCGUAAACGUAUUCGGUUUCCUACGACACAUACGCAUUCAGCGUAAUUUCCUGGUGCAAACCGAGGAGCAGUAUAUUUUCAUACACGACGCCCUGGUCGAGGCGAUCGCCUCGGGUGAAACGAAUUUGCAUACCGAGCAAAUUGAGGAACUGAAAAACUGCACACCCUAUCUGGAGCAGCAGUACAAGAAUAUCAUACAAUUCCAAACGAAAGACAUACACAUUGCAUCUGCGAUGAAGCAGGUGAAUUCGGUGAAGAAUCGUGGUGCCAUAUUCCCGAUCGAAAGCAGUCGUGUCCACUUGACGCCCAAGCCGGGUGAGGAGGGUAGUGACUAUAUAAAUGCGUCAUGGCUGCAUGGCUUCCGGCGAUUGCGUGACUUUAUUGUCACUCAACAUCCGAUGUCGCACACUGUGAAAGACUUCUGGCAAAUGGUCUGGGACCACAAUGCGCAGACCAUUGUGCUGCUGUCAUCGCUGGACGAAAUUAAUUUCGCACAAUUUUGGCCCGAUGACACGACACCCAUCGAAAGCGAUUACUAUCGCGUCAAAUUCCUACGCAAAACGAACAAAAGCGAUUAUGUUAGUCGUGAUUUUGUCAUUCAAUCGAUACAGGAUGAUUAUGAGCUCAAUGUGAAAAUGCUGCAUUGUCCCAGUUGGCCGGAGAUGUCCAAUCCGAAGAGUAUUUACGAUUUUAUUGUCGACGUGCACGAGCGAUGCGCCGAUUAUCGCAAUGGACCGAUUGUCGUUGUGGAUAGAUACGGCGGCGCACAAGCGUGCACCUUCUGUGCCAUAUCGUCCUUGGCGAUGGAAAUGGAAUAUUGCAACACGGCGAGCAUCUACCAGUAUGCCAAGCUGUAUCACAACAAACGGCCGGGCGUGUGGACCUCCAGCGAGGACAUACGCCUAAUUUACAAUAUACUCUCGUUUUUGCCACGCAACCUACAGCUGCUCGAACGCACAGCGUUGCGCACGGAAUUCGAGGAUGUGACAACGGCCACGCCGGACCUCUACAGCAAAAUUUGUAGCAAUGGUAAUAUAAAUGCCCAGCUGAAUUGUAAUAAUUUGCUAAAUUAUAAUAAUAGUAGUAGCGUAAAUAGUAAUAGUAUUAGUAAUGUAAAUGUGGCAAAUGCAAAUUCAAAUGCGAAUGCAAAUGCAAAUGCAAAUGCUUGCAAUACUACCAACAACACUAUAAAUAAUAUAACAACAACGACACAACCAACGAUGACACCCAAUUCGAGUGCAAACAAUUUACAAAAUCAACAGCUAUCACAACAACAACAACACGCACUCACAUCAUUACAAGCACAACAAUUGUCGCUAGACCAACAACAACAAGAGUCGCUCAGUUUAAUCCAGUCACCAACACCACCACAACCAACUCAUUACUCACCUCCACCACAACCACCACCACCACCACCGUCACCACCACUAUCAGCCAUACUCGCAUCGCCAAAUGAAAUCACAACAAAAACAACAACAACCGAUUUGACCAACAUGACGACAGCCACCACCACCAACAACACUAACAAUUUGAAUGCUACUCUAAUUGGUAAUGCUAAUUAUAAUGUAAAUUGCGCUAAUACUAAUACUACUACUAAUGCUACCAACACCACUACCACCAACACAAACGCCAAUAAUACCUCAAAUCACUAUGCUUGUGCAAUACCACCUUAUGCCACAUCAUCCAACAACAUCAAAUCCAAUCCAAUUAAUAAUCAUACAGCUCCUACACCACCAAUAACAACAACAACAAAUCCCAACUCCUCCUUUGCUGCUAUUUCCACUAAUGGUGAACGGUUUUCUAUUGUAAAUAAUAUGGAACAACAACAACAACACCACCACCACCAAUACCAACCAACUCAUGCGCACCAACACCACCAUCAACAACGACAACAACAACAAUCACCAAUAUCGCAACUAACGUCCCUAACUGACGCCGUCGCUGAUCUCCACAUGUACGCCACGCAUGACAAUGAAACGAUGUUAUCAACAACAACAACACCAAACGGCAUUAAUGGUUACCUAACACCGCCGCCACCACCACCUGCCUUCGAAAAUGACGCCACUGUGGCAAACCAACAACUUCACCGCCGUCAAUUCGAUCCGUUGCAUUCGAAUGCGUGCGGCAACUCCGCCAAUUCUGGCGCUUGCAUGGAUGAUGCGAUCGAUGGCCUGACGCCGCUACUACCACCACCACCGCCACAAUUUCCCAACUCAUAUGCGAAUAACACCUGCAACAUGGUCGAUGUGACCUCCUCGACACCAUUAACAAAAUCCUCCUCCAAUACUUCUUUGUCUUCUGCAAACGCCACUGCUAACUACAACGGUAAUGGUAACGGUAAUGGUAAUGGUAAUGGUAAUGGUAAUGGGAAUAAUAAUGCUGCCGAUUUGCAUGGAAAUGCGAAUGGUUCAUUGAAUGCAAAUACUAAUAUGAAACAAAUGACAACUACAACAACAACUAAAGCAGCGACUGUUACAGAUGCUCAAAGUUUAGAUAUCGUAGGCUAGAAUUAGGAAUUAAAUUAAAAUUAUAUUAUAAAUAAUAGCAAUAGUUAAGUAUCUAUGAAUGUAGAUAAGUAAGUUAAAAGUAAAAUUUAUAAACUUAAAUAGACUAACUAACAAAUUAUUUUUAUGAUAUGCGAAACAAAGCGAAGAAGAAGAGCAAAAACAAAAACCAAAUGCUCGCAAACACCAUAGAAAUUACACAAACAUAUUUACUUUUUUCAAUGAAAAUGGCAGUAAAAAGCUGAUAAAAAGUAGAGUAUUGCUUGUAGGCAAAUAUUCAAUACGUACAAGAGCCAGAAUUCGUAAAUAAAUAUUUAUAUAUUGCAUUGUAUGAUUAAGAAUGGAACUUACUUUUAAGCAGUCUAAUAAGUUGUAAGAAUUUUUGUACUAUUGCUUUAAAAGUUAUGUCGAUAAAUAUGCAACUAUUUAUUAUAUUUAAUUAAUAUAUUAUAGCAAUAAGUUAAUGUAAAGGGUGUUUUUGUGCAUGGUUACAAAUCAUAAUUUUUUUGUACCGUCAUAAAAUUGGUUUGAUAAAUCCAUAAAAAUUUUACUAAUUUUUUAUCGUCGCACUAAGUGUAAUAAAAAAAAAACGAAGCACCCUUUGAAAAUUAUACUUUUAACUGUGUUACACAUAUGAGUUAGUGAACAAUAUAAUUUACAAAACCAACAAACAAGUACAUACAUACAAAUACAUAUACAUAUAUUAAAUUAAGUUUAGCAAACAAUUUUGUUUUGCAAAUGGAACUACCCUGUAUUUACAUAUACAUCCAGUCUUACACUUAUGAGCGAAUGUAUACCGAAAAAAUUGCAAAACAAAAAAAUACAAAAAAAAAAACAUAUUUAAUUAUCGUACAUCACAAGCGUUCUAACGCCGUUCAUUGUAUAGUCAUAAAUUACAUAAUUCACAAAAGCUAAAUAAUAAAAUUCAUCUUAAGUGUUAAAUACCUAAGAAAAAAUGCAGAGUAAAAACAAAAAAAGAAAAACAAUCACAAAAAUGCAUGCACUUUAUUGAUUUAUGCAUGUAAGUACGAGUACUCGUAAGUAACGGCAAAAUAACUGUUUUUUCGUCAAUUCGAACUGCUACACUCUCAUCUACUUUAUACAUACAUACGUUAAGUGAAUGAGGGUCUCAAUUUAUUGCUGGUGUGGCAGUGUUUAAAACGUGCUAUUAAAACUAAUUAAUUUUAAAAAUGGUAACAAAAAAAGAACAGCUUUUAACUACUCGACUUCAACAAAACCACGCUAGCGUAUGGAAACUGUGAGAGAGCUAAGAGCGAACAGAGAGCAAUGUGAUUGGCAACAUGUCGUUGUUUUGUGUGAAACAGUAUUGUUCGCUUGCAACCAUGUUUCGCUCUUGACUUACCGCUGUAAUAUUGUUGGCAACAUAGUAUACAUGUUGGAAACAUUGCCGUGCACAAUUUGUUUAAACAACUGUCAGUGAAAGCAAUUCAGCUAGAAAAUGUUAAUGAAAUGCGAAUUUUAAGCACUUUCAGUACAAAUGAGUUUUGAAAGGUUUACUAGUAAUCGCAUUUCAUUGACAUUCUCUAAUGCAGCUAUAAAAUGUUACAGUAUUGCUCGCUCGCAACUAUGUUUCGCUCUCAAUUUACCGCUGUAAUAUUGUUGACAACAUAGUAAACAUGUUGAAAGCAUUGCCGUGCACAAUGUGUUUAAACAACUGUCAGUGAAAGCAAUGCAGCUAGAGAAUGUGAAUGAAAUAAGUAUUUUUAAGUACUUUCAGUACAAUUGAGUUCUGAGAGGUUUACUAGUAAUCGCAUUUCAUUAACACUCGCUGAUGCAGCUAUAAAAUAUUACAAGUCAUUGAUGCGAGCCAAUGUGGUUUUAGCAGCAUGUUGAAGCAGAAAUGUUCAGCAACAUUGAUAAACUAUCUCUGUGUCAAGAACAUAACCAGAGGGAAAUGUAAUUAUGCUGCCAACCAGUUAGAACACAUGUUGUUGUGAGCGCCGCUAAUAUUUGGUUAUCGGUUAAAUCUGUGCACACAAGAAAUAACAACUAAAAUCAAUUUUGGCAAGUGUUCAACAGAGCAUUUUUAAUUUUUAAACGAAAAAAAGACUAAUGAUAGCAUAAAUUCAGGAAAUCUUAUAAUAUUUUAAUUUGCAGUACAAUUUAUAAUGAAAAAAUAGUUAACUACAAUGA